AGGAGGAGGAGGAGGAGGAGGAGGAGGAGGGAGACAAGAUCAGGAAGCAGCGAAUGCAUCGCAGCGUCCAAACCCCCCUCCCCUCGCUGUCUCUCUGUCUGCCAUGGCUGGUUAAGAAAAAGUCAUCAUAAUCAUAACCAAGAGAGGGGGAGGUGGGGGUGAGGGCUUGGGUGGAGAAAAACAGAGGAGGCAGCGAGGCCGGGCCAGGCCGGGGCGGCGAGUGGAGGGAGCAGCGGCGGUGGCGGCGGCGGCAGCGGGAGAAGCGGGAGGAGCAGCAGGAGCAGCCGCAGCAGCAGCAGCAGCAGCAGCAGCUUCAGCCUCCUCCGCAGCCGCCGCCGCCGCCGCCGCCGCCGCGGGCAGGAGCAGCGGGGCCGCAGCAUGAAGAAGAGAGCUGGCCCAGGGGGCAGCAGCAUGAGGUCCGUAGUGGGCUUCUUGUCGCAACGGGGCUUGCAAGGGGACCCGCUGCUCACUCAGGACUUCCAGAGGAGACGCCUGCGGGGCUGCAGAAACCUCUACAAGAAGGACCUGCUCGGCCACUUCGGCUGUGUCAAUGCCAUUGAGUUCUCCAACAAUGGAGGCCAGUGGCUGGUCUCAGGAGGUGAUGACCGCAGGGUUCUGCUGUGGCACAUGGAACAAGCCAUCCACUCCAGGGUCAAACCUAUACAGUUGAAAGGAGAGCAUCAUUCUAACAUCUUCUGCUUGGCUUUCAACAGUGGGAACACAAAAGUGUUUUCUGGAGGAAAUGAUGAACAAGUUAUCCUCCAUGAUGUUGAAAGCAGCGAGACCUUGGAUGUAUUUGCCCAUGAAGAUGCCGUGUAUGGCCUUUCUGUGAGUCCUGUGAAUGAUAAUGUUUUUGCCAGCUCAUCGGAUGAUGGACGAGUUCUCAUCUGGGACAUACGGGAAUCUCCGCAUGGAGAGCCCUUCUGCCUGGCAAACUAUCCAUCAGCCUUUCAUAGUGUCAUGUUUAACCCUGUGGAACCCAGGUUAUUAGCCACAGCCAACUCAAAGGAAGGAGUAGGACUCUGGGAUAUUCGGAAACCUCAGAGCUCCCUCUUACGCUACGGUGGCAACCUGUCUCUCCAAAGUGCCAUGAGUGUCCGGUUCAACAGCAAUGGGACCCAGCUGCUAGCCCUUCGGCGGCGCCUGCCUCCUGUACUAUAUGAUAUCCAUUCCCGCUUACCUGUGUUCCAGUUUGACAACCAGGGCUACUUCAACUCAUGCACCAUGAAAAGCUGCUGUUUUGCAGGAGAUCGUGACCAGUACAUCCUUUCAGGAUCUGAUGACUUCAAUCUAUAUAUGUGGAGAAUUCCUCCAGAUCCAGAAGCAGGUGGCAUUGGCAGAGUGGUAAAUGGAGCCUUCAUGGUGUUGAAAGGCCAUAGAUCAAUUGUCAACCAGGUCCGAUUUAAUCCCCACACCUACAUGAUCUGCUCUUCAGGUGUGGAAAAGAUUAUCAAGAUAUGGAGUCCUUACAAGCAGCCAGGCUGUACUGGAGAUCUUGACGGUCGAAUUGAAGAUGAUUCCCGCUGUCUCUAUACCCAUGAAGAAUAUAUUAGCCUAGUAUUGAACAGUGGUAGUGGUUUAUCCCAUGACUAUGCUAACCAGUCAGUCCAAGAAGACCCACGGAUGAUGGCUUUCUUUGACUCUCUAGUGCGCCGGGAGAUUGAGGGCUGGAGCUCAGAUUCAGACAGUGACCUCAGCGAGAGUACCAUCCUACAGCUCCAUGCAGGGGUGAGUGAGCGUUCAGGCUAUAGUGACUCUGAAUCCUCAGCUUCGCUGCAUCACUCUCCGCCACCUAUGGCAGAUGAGUCCACUGAUACUGCCUUCCACCUGGGACCCCUUCGAGCUACUGCAGUAGCUUCCCCCCCACCUUCUUCAUGUGAAGAUGUGGCCUCCCGACAGCAGCGUCUGUCUGCCUUGCGGAGGUACCAAGACAAGCGGCUUUUGGCCCUCUCUAAUGAGUCUGAUUCAGAUGAGAAUGCUUGUGAGGCUGAAUUGGACACUGACCUCUUCCCUCGACCCAGAUCACCCAGCCCAGAAGAGAAUGAAUCUAGUAGUUCAAGUAGCAGCAGCAGCACUGAGGAUGAGGAGGAGCUCAAUGAGCGACGUACUUCUACCCGUCAAAGGAAUGCUAUGAGGCGGCGGCAAAAGCCACCACGAGAUGAAAGGUCUGGUGCCCCAGCAAAGCAUGCUGGUACCUACAUUGGAGAAGAUAACUAUGACUACCCACAGAUCAAAGUGGAUGAUCUCUCUUCCUCACCAGCUUCCUCACCGGAACGCAGUUCCUCCAACAUGGACGUUCACCCAGGAAGGGCCUCCCCAGCUUCUGACAUGGAGUCAGUUGAGCGCAAAAUCUACAAAGCUUACAAAUGGCUCCACUACUCCUACAUCUCAUAUUCAACUGGCAAAGAUGAAGAAACUUCCUUAGGAGCUGGGGAGACAGAUGAGGGAAAACCUGGGACAAGCGAGAAGAGCAACCCUACCCCAUCUUCCAGUAAAAGUGGUUUGAGCAUAGCUGCUUCCCAAAGCAACCAGGAUCUCCCCUCUGAAAGCCAAGGCAGGGAAGCUUUGAAAGAAGGCAGUCCUACCACAAAUCCUAUCAAUGGCCCAGGCUGUGAUAUUGACAGCCAUCCAUGUGCAGAGGAACAAGAAGGCACAUCCCAGGGCACCAAUAACAGCAGCUCUGUAGAACACAAUUUUGAGACCAAGAAGCUCAAUGGAAAAGCCCUCUGCAAAGCCUUGAGUGACAGGGCUGAGGAGCAGCCCUUAUCCACAACUCCCAAAGGAUCCAGUAACUGUCCUAGGACCCAGUCUGAUGACAGUGAGGAGAGAAACCUUGAAACCGUCUGCCCCAACCACAACAAUGGACACUUCCACUCUCGACCCCUUCACCUCCACAACAAUGGACAGAACUUUGGGGAGUCAGAGGCAGUCACCCACUCUUCCCCAGGACACUCAGAUGCUGACAAUGACAAUGUGCUUCUACCUGGGGCACUCUUGCACAAAGACUGCCAUCUGUCUGAAAUGGACUGUGAGGACCACAGCACUGGUACGAAAGAAGACCCAACUGAACCUCACUUGGCAGACAGCAGGGGAACCCAUGGACGAAGUGGACUCAAAAGGCACCGAGGGGAAUUGGAAGACACAGAUUCAGAGAAUUCCUGCUCAGAGAAGAAAUUAAAAACAUGAUAAAUAUAAGAGGUGGAAAAAGAGCUUACAGAGAAAGAACCUUAUUAAAAAACAAACAAGAAAUAACCCUGUUUAGUAAACACAGAGGAAAAGGAAAAAAGUAUUAAAGGCACAUAGAGCCAGGGUCUAAAAUAUUGUGUCUAUGAUGCUGCUCCAUUCCAUUCGGCGAUGGGUCUAAGUGUUUGGCCAAUGGCUUGUGCUGUAUAAAGAAAAAAAUCCAAGUGACUCCUUUAUUAGUGAGACUUGAGCAUAGUGUACCUGUGCAAGGUUCUGUUAAAGUAAAUCCUUGUUGAGACAUUUGACUUGUUCUUGUGUGUGUGUGCGUGUGCGUGCGCGCGCGCGUGUGUGUGUAUGUGUGUGUACCUGCACACAUGUAUGUGUGUGUUCAUCCUCAUCUAUCUGGCUGUUGAGUAAGAUUUUUCUUUUAGUUCUCCACUUGAAAGAAUAUAUAGAUGUAUAUUUUUCUGCCACCUCACUGUUUACACAUCAUAGGUAUUCUGGUCUUAAUGAGGGGUAACUGCUACAUGUAAUCCUGUUUCAGGCAGAUGUGGCUCUUGGGUGGGCAGACUAGAGAGCUAAUGAAAACAGUCCUUUAGCCCAUUGACUGUGCUGAUGAGAAGAGCAUGGUUGCUUUCUUGAAAGUUGUGAAGCCUUCCAUGUUUUCUUUUUGUAGCAUUUUUUCAUAAAGCACUUAAUGUGGAUGUACUACAUUAAAACAUUCUUAAUGCUAAUGGGAGGUUAUGGGAAAGAUUGGCCUUUAGGUUCAGGGAGAGUACAUGUUUCUAAUAAAUUUCAUUAUUUUUAAGUUUGUAACACUGUAUAACCUUUAUGAAGACAUUAAAUUGGAAGUCUAUGUGGGUCAUGUGCUGUAACCAAUUUGGUGCUAGUUCCUAGAUCCCACUUGAACAAAAACUAGCAGGUGCUUCCUUGCCCCAAGACAUUGAGGGCUAGAUUUACAGGGGAAGAAGGAUAGCUUUUAAGAGCUUUUGCACUUUUACUACUAAUAUGAACUCUCAUUGGUGAAUAACUCAGAACCAUACAAAUGAAGGAGUGUAUAUCUAGUUGGAAGAGAAAAGAGUGGUAUUGUAUACAACUAAUUCGUCUGAAUCCCUUUGGUCAUAACUGGUCUGAUUUGAAACUCCUUAAGACAGGGACCAUGAUCCAGGCCCUGCAUCCUGAAGAAUCAAGUCCCUGUUAACUUGGAUAUUACAAAGCAGAGAAUGUAAGGAGAUGGGUUGGUCAUAAACUAAUAUUUCAUAGAUAAAACUAAACUGUUUUUGAAGUUUAUGAAAGGGGAAGGAAAAAGACCAAAAGACAAACUUAGUGCUAUGUGUAAUGAUUAGAGUCACCUGAGCACAGUCACUAUUGAGUAUGCAUUGAAACUAUAAAGCAUGGUUUUAUAGGUCCAAAGGUCAGCUGGAUUUCCUACACAAAGAUUCAUAAGAAGGCAAGAUAAUCUAGAGUGAACAAAGAAAUGGAGGAAGAAAAGCAAUAUGGUUUCCAUUUGUCAAAGGGUGCUAAAAACUAGGUCUGCAAAUUAGAAGUCGACACACAAACUGAUGUCUUAUUAGUGUGCAAAAAAGCAUAUUCCUUUUGCAAGGAGGCUUUAGAUCAAAAUCUCACUAAAACAUAGAUUUGUGAAGGGGGUGAUAGUGAGAGAAAGGAGGUUCAAAAUGUGUAGAAGAAAGAGACUUGACUAUUUCUAGGCAUUGAGGGAACUACAGAAAGGAAAGAAAAGAUGGUAAGCCAAAAGGGAACAUGGUCUUGCUGAGCUUUCUGUAAAACUAAAGAUAUAUUUGGCAUAGUAUACUAUAACUUAGGUAUGAAAAUACUCUUGGGAGAAUUAGAGGGGAGGAAAUAUUUCAUAUUAACAGUGUGAAUAGCAGUGAGGAGGGCUCAAUAUUCAGUAACUAUUAACUUAUUUAUUUGAAGGAGAAAAGAAAAGUUAUGUGACCACCAUUAGAAUUUUUCAGAUUUGUAAUCAAGAUGGCUUUAUAAUUUGUCUUCUUUGAGGAUCACUGUAAAUUCUAGUUUUAUAAGCCCAAGUAAUUUUAAGAAUUCUGCUUUUGCAAAGUUUAUUAAAUUGAAAGGUUUUUUAUCCUUCAUAUGCAAAAGAUAUUCAGUGUAUGUUUUUCUGCUUCCUCUCAGGUUUUUUAUUUUUGGUUUUUCUGUGUAGCAAGUUAGAAGUGACUUUAUCCAAGGAAGUCAUCCAUCCUGAAGAAGGAGAAGUAGGUUUAUGUUUCUUUGAAGGUAGCCAGUUUGGUUGUUCCAGUUUUUAAACACAGAACAUUGUCUUCCAUUUUCAGAGUCUUUGACCUUGCUCUAGUCACCUUUCCAAGUCUCUGAAAGGAGAAAGAGAAAUUCAUCCUACUUAGUUUUUUUAGUAUACAAUCAAGAGAGAUGAAUUUUAAUGGAAAUUAAUUUUAGUGAUCAUGAUCCAAUCUAGAACUCACUUCUUCUGCAUCCCAGAUUUCAGUUUCUAAAAAGACAUUAUUCUUGAAAUGAUUGGUAUAUUUUAUUUUGACAUAACAAACACUUCCCAACAAAUAUACCCAAAACAAACCCUCCCUUCCAAAGUAUAUUCCUUAAAAAAAAAAAAUCCAACAACCAUUAUUUGAUUCUUCAAAGAAAAAAGGACUGAUGCACAUUAACUUUGACAGUACAGUUUUAUUGGCUCUCAUUGUCCUAUGUGUUGUAACAGAGAGAGAGAGAGAGAGUUCUUUUGCUUUAGCUUUGUUCUCUGCAUUACUUGCUAGGAAUCAUUCUGAAAGAGAUCCUGCACUACUGUCAGUUUUGAUUCCUCAAGAAGGCAAACCUAAAAAUUUAAGGUUAUUUCCAGAAAUCUUUUUCCAAAAUCAUUGAAGAUUCAGGGCAUAGGAGAUUACUCUGGAGAAGAUAUUAAGACCACAUUUACUCCCCAAAACAUCUUGGUGAUAAUAAAUAUUUUUGAUGGCUGAGUAGAAGGCACAAAACAAGAUUGAAGAGCUAUUACUCUUAGGUUUAUAACUUUGUUUUCUCCAAAACUUUUGCAAAUUGAAUCCUGUGAAUUCACUUAAGUGGCUAAAGCCAAUAUCACUAAAAAAAAAUUUCUUAAGCCUUACCUUCUGUCUUAGAAUCAAUACUAUACAUUGGUUCUAAGGCAGUGGAGCAGUAAGGGCUAGGCAAUGGGGGUUAAGUGACUUGCCCAGGGUCACACAGCUAGGAAGUGUCUGAGGCCACAUUUGAACCCAGGACCUCCCAUCUCUAGGCCUGGCUCUUAAUCCGCUGCCCCCUGAAAACUUUUUUUUUUUACCACAAUUCUUUUCUGCUGGUAUUGCCAAUGAUGAUGCCUGUAGUAGAGUAGGUAAAUGAGAUGCUAGAUAGGAGUGGAUGGUAAUUGCAACUGGUUUUGAUUUAACAUGCUCAAAGAUUCUCCUGUUUUUGUAUGGCAAAGUACUUUGCCUUCCUUUCUUGAAGCCCUGCCUCUUCUCAACCAGUAAGAAAUCCUCCUCAUUAUAUAGGCAAAAAUAAAUCUAUUAUUUAUCCCUUAGUAACCGCUCAUGUAUUCCUCUUCCUGGAAAUCAAAGUGCCCAAACACUCUUUUCUUCCUGUUUUAACUCUUCAAGGAAGAAAGGAAGUAGUUCCAACCAGGUGAAAGCUAUCCAAUUCAGUAGCAGACUAGGUUGACAAUUAAUGGUUAAGUACUGAGGGAAAAAAAAUAUCCUUCCACUCCAUGUUGCAAAUUUAACUAUAAUUUCUAGUCCUGAGGCAAAAAUAAUCAAGAAAGAAAAAUGUGGGGAGGGUGGUAUAUCAACUUGAUGUCCAUUACUAUUAAGACAUAGGCAGUAUCACAUCAGGAAAAAUAUGAAAUCAAAAGACCUGAAUUCAAAUCUAAAUCUUCAAUCACUUCAAUCACAAGCUCCUUCUUGUUCACCUUGGGAAAAUGUUAAAUAAACCAAGAUUUGACUUUAGACAUUUUUAACUUUAUCGAAAGAAAAGUGAAAAGAAUAAUAAGAGCCUUCAGUGUAAGAGAAAGAAAAGAGAAAUGAAGCAUCUGUGGGGAUUCAUAGAAAGCAGAAAUGAAUUUGCUUUUUUUGCCCCUUUAAAGCUAAAAUAGAUGGGAAUAAGCCACAUGUAGGACUUAAUUGUGCCAUAGAAAUGGCUUCAGGAAUAGAAAAUAGUUUCAGGAAAGCAAUAAAAAAAUGAGGUACUAGAUUUUUACUCUAGAAGACAAUGGUUUACUGUACAGUUAGGCCUAUAAUACUUAAGUAAUGUGUAGCUAUUUCUUCAUAAAAAUAUCUUAAUUCUAGUCACUUGGGUGCCUCCCUUUAUUGCCCCUAUACCAUGGAAACACCUGUAAUGAAAAUAAAGAGGAAAAAACAGGUUAGAACUAGUAGAAAUUUCCUUUCUAGCCAACUUUGCAAGAAUUCACUAGUUCCAUUCAGUAUGGGAUAUUUGUUAAAUUAAUCUACUCAAAAUGUACCUGUUGCUGAUUGAUGUGUGAUUCAUACUUCAAGGACUCAUGAUUUCAGGGGUAUAUUGAAUCUCUUCCACUAGUGAAGUCCUGAAGUCAUCCUGGUGAUAGCAUUUCCAAACUUAACUAAAUUGGUCCUCAGCACACCUACAAUCCACCAGUGCUUCUGCACCCAAAAUCUAGCCUUUCCAACUGCCAGCAAUUACAUUCUACUAGCCAGAUUUCAGUGUUAAAAGAUUUUUUUUAAUGUUGAUGCAUUUUAAUUUGAUACAACUGCUCCCUCAAGAAUUGCCCAGGCAAAUCUUCCUUACAGUUUACAUUCCUUCAAAACAAUGUAUUGAUCCUUCAAGAAAGGAUUAUGUGCAUUAAUUUUGACAAUAUAGUACCAGCACUGAUUUAUUAGAACUGAGUGUUGCAUUUGUGUGUGUGCGUGUUUUGUUUUGGUUUGGUUUGGUUUUACCUCUCAUCUUUUUUUUUAUUUGAUUAAUUUAGAAUUAUUUUCCCAUGGUUACAAGAUUCAUGUUCUUUCCCUGUCCUCCCUCAUACCCCCUCCCAUAGCUGAUGUGCAAUUCCUCUGGGUUUUACAUCUCAUCUACUUAAGAUUUGGCUUAUUGUUGUAAUAUGUAGAGGUAGCUAGAUGUCUCAGUGAACAGAAUAUGGGUGGGGCCGACAGUCAGGAACCUGAUUUCAAAUCUAGCCUCAGACACUAGCUGUGUGACCCUGAGCAAGUCACUUCACCUCUGCCUUAAUCCACUGAAGAAGAAAAUAGCAAGCUACUCCGGGAUCUUUGCCAAGAAAACCCCAUAGACAUUAUGGUCCAUUGCAUCAUAAAGAGUCAGACACAACAAUGUUUUCUUUGUACUUUUUUUCCCCCCUUAAAUAGUUUGCUAGAAUUUGCUAGAACUCAGUAUCACCUCAAAGCCAUGGAGAGAUCUUAAAGUAGAAUGGGAGUGUAGGUACGAUUGCUAACAAGCUAUAUACCCUUUUAUUCAUUUUAUUCACAGGUUCACCUGUGAAAAUUAUUUUGACCAAGCACUCUUUCUCACUUCAUCGUUUUUGUUUUUUAAAAGUGAUUUUUCUUAUCAGGUUUGUGAAUUCUCUAAGCUUUCUCCCUAGCCUUGCCAUAUUCUGGAAAGCAGUGAUCUUUCAUUCUUUUUUCCCCCUUUAACCUUUUUUCCCUUGUUCUUAAAGUACAGAGUAGCAGGAGAACUGCACCAAGAAUUAGAAAACACAGGCUUUUGUCCAAGCUCUUUCACCAAAGGUUAUCUUGAUCUUUCUGGCCUUGUUUCUUAAUCUGUGAAAUGAAGGAAUACUAUCUCUAAAAUUUUAUGAUUCAUCCAGUUUCCACUUUUCUUUCCUCUUAAGCUGCUAUCAUUUGCUUCUUAAAUCUCAAACUGAUACUUGACCUUGAGGAAUAAAAGAACUAUCUGGAUAUUGAGUCCCUAGAAUGUAAAAAGCACCAUAUAAGGUUGAUGAGUGUAGGAGUCAGCAAAAGAAGGCAGGACCCAUAAAACUAGAAAAUAUGGACCUGUUCACAACUAGUUUUACUUGCAGUUAGGCCCAACUCAAUAUAGGUGGCCCUUCUGCCAUCAUUAUCUCUCUUUUUAACCCAUAGCUUCUGUCCUACUAUCAACUCUAGGACAGAAGGGCAAGGGUUAGGCAAAUAGGGGGUUAAGUGACUUGCCUGGGGUCACACAGAAGGAUUUGAGGCCAGAUUUGAGCCCAGGUUCUCCUAACUAGACCUGGAGUUCUAUCCACUGUGCUACCCAACUGCCCCAACCCCAUCAUCAUCUCUUAUUUUUGAGAGCUAUACCUUUUUUUUAGUUUACAUAGAAAGUAACUUUCACAUAUGAUAUCAAGUCUAAAGGGGUGAUAGUGCCAAGUUUUGGUUCUUUUUUAAAAACACUAUAGUCAAAUAUGGUUAUGUUGGCAAUAAAUCACACUUUGGGAGCUGUGGUAGCUGUGGCUUUAGUAUUUGGAUUCUUGGAUAACAGCAGUAAGCCACGUGAAACCAAGAGAAGUAAGUAAGAGGCUAUGGAAGUUCUCUACAUCUUGAUUUGCCCAGAAAUGUUCUGUGUAGAAUAGUUUCAAAGAGACCAUAGGGCUUUUCUUGGUUUAGGUUUUUUUCUUUUUAACCUCCAUGUUAAGAGUAAGAAGUAGCUGAACAAUGAAACAAGGUAACACCUUGUAAUAACUAUGGGAACGAUGCUGGGAAAGGUUGGGUCCUACUGCUUAUUGCUGAUCUAUAGGAGAAAACAAAGAGUAUAUUUGACUCUUGUAGAGAAUGAUUAAUGAACAUAAAUAACUGACAAAGGUUUUAAAGUUUGGGUGUGAAAGAAACCAGAGAGAAAAUGGACUUUUCAAAUGAAACAUUGUAUUAACAUAAGCUGCCUAAGUCAAGAAUAAGAGAAGCUGAGAACAUAGGACUUGAGUGGAAAUGGAAAAAUCACUAAUAGCACCUGUGCUAAUGUGAUCUACAUGCUUCUUCAUAGUUCUCUCAGAUGACUACAAGAUUGUUAAAUGUAGUCCUGAGGUUUCAGGUCCAUGAAGAAAGAAAGUCCUUGUUUGGGUGAAAUCCAUAGAAGGGCAAUCAUGCUGUGCAUGGGAUUUAGUAGGGAAAAGAGAAGUGAGGCAGGUAUUUGGAGAUAAUGUGUUUUGGAUUUUUAGCUAAACAAAAGAAAGAGAAUGUAGGUUGUUAUAGAAUCCUAGAACUGAGUUAUAAGGCACCUCAGCAGUAAUCUAAUCCAGCGCAUUCACCAAAGAAAUCUUACUUUAGCACACUGGACUGAUAAUUAUGCAGACCCUGUUUGAAGACCCUUCCCCCCCCACCCCCACCAAGGAAGGGAAACCCAUCACUUUUAAAGAAAUCCCUUCUACUUUUUUUUUUAACCCUUACCUUCCAUCUUGGAAUCAAAAGGGCUAGGCAAUGGGCAUUAAGUAACUUGCCCAGGGUUACACAGCUGGGAAGUGUCUAAGGUCAGAUUUGAACCUAGGGUCUCCUGUCUCUAGGUGUGACUCAAUCCACUGAGCUACCCAGCUGUCCCCCCACACACACACUUUUGAAUAGCUCUCAUUGAAAUUUUUCCUGACAUCAAACCUAAAUUUUCUUCUUUAGAACUCCUCUCACCCCUACCACUAUUUCUGUGCUUUGGGGCCAAGCAGAACAAAUCUAGUCUCCACAUGAUAGCCCAUCAAAUGCUUGAAGACAACUAUUGUGUCCCCUUUGGGUCCUCUUUGUUGAUUUUGAGUUCUUAUAUUUAAUCCUCAUGGACUCAAGACCUUCCACCAUCUUGAUUGCCCCUUCCUUAUAAAUUCUCCAGUUUAUUAGUGUCCGUUGUUUAAAUGGUUCUCAGAACUGAGCAUAAUACUCUAGAUACUAAAGUCUGAAAGUCAAGGUCCAGUGUGAUCACCUCCCUAUUCUUGGAAACUAUGAUCGUCUUAAUGCAGUCCAAGAUUGCUUUAACUUUUUUGGUUGCCAUCCACAUUAUUAAAUCCUUUAGCUUGUAGUCCACUAAAACCUUAAAAUGUUUUUCUGAUCCACUUAUCUGUCUAUGCCUUCCCCAUCUUAUAGUUGCAAAGUUAAAUUUUUUUAAUCCAAUUGUAUAUUUUCCAUGUAUGUCUAUUGAAUUUUAUCUUAGAUUUUGGCCAGUGCUCUAACCUUUCAAGAUCCUUUUGGAUCUUGACUCUAUCAAACAGUAUUUUAGCUAUCCUUCACAGCUUUGUGUUAUCUAAGAAUAUGAUAAGCAUGCCACUUUUACCUUUAUCCAGAUCAUUGAUAAAAUGUUAAACACACUAGGUCAAGUACACAUUCCUGGAAACCAAUCAUAUUGACACCAAAAUAUUGACAACUACUCUUUGUGUGACCAUCCAACAAGUUUUGAAUCUGUUUGAUUGCAUUAUUUACAUCUCCAUCUUUUCUAUAAGAAUAAUAUGAAAUAAUUUUAAAAAACUUUACUAAAACAUAGGAAAAUUAUGUCCACAGUAUUCCUCUCACUGAUUUAGUAAUUAUUUCCAAAAAGUUCCAUAAAUAUAGGAGUAGGAAGGAGGGGGGAAUCAGUAGGUUUCAAAUAGGCUUUGCCUGUUUUCAAUCUGGAGAGUUAUUUUAUUUUUAUCUCUUUGCAAUUUAACCCACCUUAGCUGUAAUGGUCUUAAACGAUUUCAUUUUUUCAAUUAGUUAUGGUGGGCAGAAGGACGAAUAGCUCAUAUGACAAGUAGCCCAUAUUCCUUUCUGUUUAUUACAACCAAAAUAUUCUGCACUAAAUUAGGUUUAAAUCCUAAUUUAGAUUUAAAUCCCUUGGGGGCAGCUGGGUGGCUCAGUGGAUUGAGAGUCAGAGGUUCAAAUCUGACCUCAGACACUUCCCAGCUGUGUGACCCUGGGCAAGUCACUUGACCCCCAUUGCCUAGCCCUUAUCACUCUUCUGCUUUGGAGCCAAUAAACAGUAUUGACUCCAAGACGGAAGGUAAGGGUUUAAAAAAAAAAAAAAGAUUUAACUCCCUUGUGACUAAAGUGACUUGUUUAUUAGACCAUUUUGCUCAUAGCAUAGUCCACUGUGGUCAAUCAAUAGUCAAUAAAUGUUUCUUAUGUGCACUUUGCUAAGUACUGGGAAUACAAAUAAAAACAAAGUCAGUCCCUGCUCAUAAGGAACUAAUAAUCUAAUAGAAGAUAAAAUAAAAGGAAGUUGAAAAGCUAGGGUGGGUUGGGGGGUGCCCAGAGGAAUAUGAUGGAACAUUCCAAAGUCCCAAAGCAGCAUAUCUGAUGGGAAAUAGGGAAGAAAACUAUACUAAACCCGCUAUCCCAGAAGCCCCUGGCCCUGCCCCUGCCCUUCAGGCAAAGGAUCUAAUCAGAGGGCAGAGGUUGAUGAUGAGAUGUGAAUAUCAAGUGAGAGUUUAAGAAAUGGACCACAAAAGGGGAAGUAACUUCAUUUAGGACUGACCCAGAGAUUAUGGUGGUGUUAGAGUUAAGAAAAAUUAGAGAGGGUCUAGUAAUCAUCCUCAUACUCAAGUCACAGGACUCCCCCAUACUUUCUUUAGCCUCAUGUUUUUAUAUGUGCUUGGAAUGAUUUUGGGGAUGAUUGUCAAAGUAUUGGGUAUGCAAACUCAAGUUGCUUACAUAAAUGUGAAUUAUAAUGUAUUUGUGACUGUAUUCUCUUAACAGUGAAAUAUGCACCAGAAUAGAGAUCAGCCAGCCUAGGUGAGUAUUAUUGAGUUAAGAUGCCUGUGGAGGAAGUCAUGCGUUUUGGAUCCAGAGUACUUUGGGGUGCUCCUUAGAGAACCUGGAAAAGUCAGCCAAAAUGGGUACUGGAUUAGUCUUCCCAUCCCCUUGAAGUCUUAUAUGAGCCCCCAGUAGUCAUUGUUAUUUCCUAUAUUUUACCUUAGGCAGUUAUCUGAAUGAAUAGCUAUUGCAUGAUAGCUCUCAAGGGCCUAUUUUAGAAUUGAACAUGGAGGUGAGGAGGAAAAAGAGAAUUGUUUGAGGUAACAAUUCUAGGAGCAUUAUCAAAAUGAUAAAAAUUAUAUGCUUUGAGAUAAAAUGAAAUGGAAAGUGCUUACACCAAUACAACUAGGCAAACAUUCUUGUGACCUGCGAUUUUUGUGCCCGUUUUUGCUUUUACCCUCUUUUAAAGUACUGUGGUGUUGUUCCUACCUCUAAAUUGUUCAUAGACCUAUUCCUGAUGGGAUUGGGCUAGUAUCCUGGACAAUGAAGAGUUCAGGAAAUGGCAGAACUGUUGGAUACUACCCAAACAGGAAGGAAAUGACUGGCUGAAAUAAUUAUAAUGUCAAUGUCCUGGAAGAAAGAGGAGUGAGGAGAAAACAGGGGGAAGGGAUUGGAGACAAAAGAAACCUAAUUAUAUUAAAAUAAACAUCCCAAUAAUUUUCUGUGAAAAGGAUAUACUAUCUUAAAAUGUACUGGAAUUUUUGAAACAUCUGAAGUAAGAACACUAAUGUUGAAUCUACACGUGACAGGAUCAAUAACAAUGUCAAAUUUAUUUAAAAAGCUAAUUUAGAGAGUAUUUUUUAAAAUUGGAUCAUUAGUCAUAAUGGCUAAUCUAGGUAUGGACUAAGAAUUCUCUAACCUCAACUUGCUUAGAGGCAGGGAGAGAGAUAGAAGGGGUUAGGAUACCUAAAGAAAAUUAUUUGAUUCUGGCAUUCUCCAUAGCAUUUAAAUGUAGGACAAUUCUAUUUCCUUAUUCCUUGCAUACUAAAAAGUUUUUCAUCAAGGGCCAAAUUUUUGUAAUUCUGAAAUUUAGGUUCAAUGAGAUGUCCCUUUAAAAUCUGGGGCAGCUAAACCUCCAAUACUGAACCGGGUCCUCCACUCAUUCGUUCUCUUAUUGUCUUAUCCUCAUUUGAUCUAGCCCUGAACUUGUUCUGGUGAGGAAUUCUACCUCUGCCAUCUUGUAGUUUCCUAUUUUAUGUCCCUUCCUGCCAGAGUUCUGCUCACCAGUCACCAAAGGUAGUUCAACUGGAGUGCCACCUGAGUAUAUGAGCUGCCAAGUUUCUCUGGUUACAUACUCACUUAUUCUCCCUUGACUCUGCUCUCUCCUCCAUAGGCAACCUUGGCAUACAUGAGAAGGAAAGAUCCUUGGCAUUUAUGACAGGGUAAACUAUAGGAUCCAUCGAGGAGUUAUAGCAUUGAACAAACACCAAUCUUUAGUCUCAACUUGUAAUAUGAAACCCAAGUUGGGGACUCCAUUAUUUCACUAGGAUUAAGAAGGGAUCAUCCUGUGGGAGAGUUUAAAUCAUGAACUUCCAAGUCAAACAAUAAAUUGUCUAUGUCCCCAGAUAUACUUUCAGUUUAUAUCCUAAGGCUCACUUUGAUUCUACAGGCCCCCCAAACACUCCAAGGCUAGACCUGUGGUCACUAUCCAAGGAGAUGAUAAAAUUAUUGAAGACUUAAAUUUUAGACCUAGUUCUCUCUCUCUAAUAAACUGAGACAUUGAAUAAAUGCUUGAACUUUCCUCAGCCUCAAUUUCUUGAUCUGAAAAAUUAUAGGAUUAGAAUAUAUGACCUCCAACGUUCUUUCUAGUUAGCAUUCUAUUUUAUCCCCAGCUAAGCUUAGUGGUAGACUAGAAGCCUUAUCAAAGUCAAAGUGGGGGUCUUGCAUACUCAAUCUUCUAUUUCCAUAGGUGUGUUGACUUCCCCUUCUAACCUUCCCUUCACUACCAAGCUCUUCUAGCCACAACAGACUGGACUUCUCCUGUCCUCCCAAGGGCACCUGAAUCCUGAUCUCUAUUGAUACUUCUUUAUAUUGAUGGGUGAUUCUAUACCGGGGAAGUUAGGAAAUAAGACUAUACUGAAUACCCCCCCUCCAUGCUUGACAAACAGAAAUUGUGAUCCUGUUUAAAUUGUCACUUUUCUCUGCCCUCUAUAAACAUUAAGGGCUGCUAGAUGAUGCAAUGGAUAGAGUGCUGGAUCUGAAGUCAGGAAAACCUGCGUUCAAAUCUGGCCUCAUACACUUAACUAUGUGACUCUGGGCAAGUCACUUAACAUCUUUUAAAAUGUUUAACUUCAAAGUUUUUAAAAUUAAAUUUGAAAUUUUAAUAUUUUAAAUAAUUAUUUUACAUUUUUUAACUUUAAAAGUUACUCUAUUUACCUCAGUUUCUUCAUCUAUAAAAUGGGGAUAAUAAUAGCACCUUAUUUCCCAGGGUUGUUAUAAGGAUCAAAUAAGAUAAUCAUUAUGAAGUGCUUAGCACAUUUCUUGGCACAUAUUAAGUGCUAUAUAAUUAAGAGCUGUUUUAACAGUGAUCCAAAAGGAACAGUUGCCUCCUUUUAGUAAGAUACACUAUGUCUGUCAACUAAUCAAUAUCAAAAUGUCACUUUGUGUAACUUGUAGUUGUCCUUUUUACUCAAAGAGGACCAAAAUGACAUCAUUGGUAAUGUGUUUUGACUAGUACAUGAUUUGAAUUUAAGUGAGGCAGAGUUGCACAAAGUUGUCAGCCUCAUUCUCCCUUCUAGAGUCAUCAAAGUCCAAUGAAUGGCAAGGCAAAAGUCAUAAUGACUGGUGAUGCCUCCCGACACAGUGGAUGACUUUGGCUUCUUUGACGUUUAACCAAGCUCUUAGCACUCUACAGCACCUGCUUCUGCCUUUGGUUUCUAACAAGGAGAGGAGGGAAGGCUUUGAAAUUGUCAAAUCUGAUUAUGAUGGAGGGUUUAAAAAAAUGAAUAUACUAGGAAGUGAUUUUACUUAUGCUUCUUCCUUCAGCCUUUUAAGUUUUCUCCUAAAAAAGAAUGUUAUGGUGACUCUGUUAAUCCUUUUUGUGAAAACAAUAUAAAGUUCUUUCUUUAGAAGAGGAAUUUUGAGCAUUUUGGUUUUUUAGAGAGAAUUAUUUUGGCCCAAGAAGAAAUCUGCCUCAGCUUUAGAGAAACAAUCAGUCACCUUCACACAGGAACAACUGAUUUACCUUUCAACAUUGUGGAGGAUAACUUGUUCAUCAUUUCCUCCAGAAAACACUUUUGUGUUCUCACUGUUGAAAGCCAAGCAGAAGGUGUUAGAAUGAUGCUCUCCUUUCAACUGGUCAGGUUUGACCCUGGAGUGGAUGGCUUGUUCCAUGUGCCACAGCAGAACCCUGCAGUCAUCACCUCCUGAGACCAGCCAAGGAGAAGAAGAUAUUUGAUAGCAGAGGCACCAUUUUCUCCCCUCAUUUUUAAAAAUCAAAUUUUACGACAACAACAACAACAACAACAGACACUUAAAUUUAUAGGCACCAAUGAAACUUAUCGAUGACUUGCUCUGUAACUCCUACCAGUUCUUGAGUGUACAUUCAAAAGGAUACAAUUUCCUUUUAUAAAGUUGUAAUCAGUGUGUACAAAGUUCCCCUUCUUUCUGCCUUUUACCUUUAUUUCAUAGUUUUCCAUGUCUCUAUUAUUCUCAGUGUUGUUAUGGCAGUGAAUAAAAUACUUCCAUCACUUA